AUGAGGCUCCUAGUUCUUCCACAGGAAUUUCAUAAUGGUGAAGUUCAUACAGUGGAUAUAAACCUGGAAAAUGCUUUGGUUGCGACCGGUGGAAUAGACCAAAAGGUUAGCGUAUGGAGGCUAGAACAGUUUACCGAUUCCAUAAAUAAAGAACCACCCAAUUUGACCGAAAUAGAACCUCAAAAAACGAUAGACUGUCAUCACGCAACUGUAAAUUUCGUGAAGUGGUCACCAACAAACGGCAAUCAAAUGAUCUCUGCGGAUGAAAAUGGAACGAUUGUUAAAACAGACCUUGACGUCGAUAAAUGUGAAACAAUCUUCCCAACUCCCUACUUAAAAAGGCUACAAAAAAGUACAGCUCUCGAUGGGUGCUGGUCCAUAGAUGGUCGCUUAUUUGCCUGGAGUACUGCUGAUGGCGCAGUUCAUAUUUAUGACGGGGUCAGAGAGACACAUCAAUUCCUAAUACCGCAAGCUGAUAUAAGUGCUGAAAAAAAGGCAACUCUACAAAGAAGUGUUACCUUUGAUCCUAAUGGUAAGUAUUUGGUGACUUUAGGUGACGAUACUAUGGUAACAGUGUACCAAUAUGAGUAUGACAAAAACAAUGAUUAUAGGUUUCAGGUUGCCAAUAGAGUUUCAAAACUCAUGAGCAACACCGUGACGAAAUCAUCUGGAGCCAAUUACAGAAGAAUUUCAUGGUCUUGCGACGGAGAGUUUUUUGCAGUCCCAAACGCAACCAAACAACUGACUUCGGUUGUAUCUCUUCUUUCUGCUUCUCUGGGAUGGGAUAACAACAUUAGUCUAGUUGGGCACGAUAUGGAGUGUGACCUUGUGAAAUUUGCGCCUCACAUAUAUCAGAGAAAAAGCAAAAGCGAACCCGCCUCUAUCGAUUCUGACCUCGAGAUCUUGGAUUUCGAGGUAUAUCAUAUCAUAGCUACUGCUGGCUCUGACAGCUCUUUGGUGUUGUGGAACACAACAAAGGAAACACCUCUUUUUGUCAUGCACAAUAUAUCCCCUAAGCCAUUAGUGGAUUUAGUUUGGGACAAAACAGGCAGCAUUGUGUUAAUGUCGACACUCGAUGGGAAAGUUAUUAUUGCGGGCUUCUCAGAAGAAGAACUUGGCCAAAAAUCUUCCUCUGAAUUUUUGAAAAAGAUUAAAGCGAGUCAAAAUCUAGCAAAGAAGCAAAGUCUGAACAAAAGUUCCAGUGAAACACAUGGUGCAAAAAAGUCAAAAGUCCCUCUAGAGUCCAUCAGUCAAAAAGAUGCUAUUGGAGUCCGAGACGAACUAAUCAUCAGUGACCAAAAUGAUGAGCUAGUUUUAGCCGAUCCCAACAAUUCACUAGUAACCAGCAUCUCUCAACCAAGCGAGGUCGUUCCUCAAGUUUUAGCACCAGGACUCCAACUUAUGUCUUAUCCUGAGAAUGAUUUAAUGUCUAGGAUCGAAGAGAGAAAGCCCACUGUUACCCCCAAAAACCAAGAACAAUCACCGAAAGUGGGAACACUGAACCCAUCUUCUGUUCCAAAAGUAACCUUGAAAAACGGAAAGAAAAGAAUUCAGCCAACGACUUUAUCAAAUGGGACAACAAAUUCUGUAACUCAACGAAUGUCAGCAAAGGAUGUAACCUCCGUUGAAGUUACCAAGAUGGGUAUGGAAUUCGACAGACCUUCCUACACUGUAUCCGAAGAGAUGAUAAAAGAUAACAAACGGCAAAAAACAUCAGAUGACAGUCACUUAAAGAAAAAACCCAAAAGAGAGCUAGAACCAGUUAAGUUUAUUGGAUCUGUAGUGGCAAAUCUAGCCACAACAUUUGCUCAAGUGCGAUUGUCGGCCCCAAAGAUACGAUCUGCGUUCAGAGUUUCAGAUACGUCUUACACGCUUGAUAUAAAAAACGGACUGGGAAAUGAAAGUGCACCAUCCAGAGUUACUUGUCUCAAGAAUGAAUCGCAAGUUUGGUCAGACUUCAUUCCGCAAUUCGUUCAACUUGCUACCAGAGGAAAUUUCUUCUGGGCUCUAUGUACUGCUGAUGGCACAAUCCAUACAUAUUCAAGCACAUCUGGUAAGAGAUUAUUCCCUCCAAUAAUAAUGGGAUCUCCCAUAUCAUUUUUGGAGAGCAAAAACCAAUACUUGAUGGUCGUCACUUCAAUAGCAGAGAUACUUGUGUGGGAUUUAGACAAAAAGAAAAUUCACAUGAAAUCGCCACUGUCUUUGGCCGCUUUGCUCGACUUAAACAGCAAACUUCAGGAAAACACUUUGAGCAAGUCUGAUAAUAUCACUAUGUGCUCCAUUACCUCAAAAGGGUUUCCUGUGACAACUCUAUCUAAUGGUUCCGGGUAUAUUUACAAUAUUGACAUGGAAGUUUGGCAGACUGUCACCGAAGCCUGGUGGGCAUUUGGAUCGCAUUAUUGGGACUCUAUUACUGAUGACAAGGUUUCGCCGGUCUCGGACAGCCCAAGAACGAUAGGCGAACGCGAAGGCUCUUCUUUAAUCAGUAUGUUAGAGCACAAAACAAACGAAGAAUUGCUAAGGAAAAGCAGAACAGGCAGAGGCAAAUAUUUCAACAAAAUUUCGAAGAAUAUGAUGAUGAAGGAAGGAUUUGAAAAUCUCGAAAACACAGUUUCCUUGUCUCACCUAGAGAACAGAAUUUUGUGUUCCGAGCUUUUGGAAGAGCUGGAAGACUUUAAGGAUUUUCUCAUCACUUAUUCCAACAGGCUUUGCGAGUUGGGAUUGCAAGCAAAACUUUUUGAGAUGUUUGAGACGGUUUUGGGUGAACAAGAUCAACUGGCUGACACUGACAAGUCAGUGAACUCUCGAAUUUGCGGUCUUAACAGACACGAUCUUCUCAAAGACAUAAUCCUUUCUUGCGCAGAACACAGAGACGUACAAAGAAUACUUGUUUACUUUGGUACCAAGAUUGGAUUAAUAUCCCGAGAUUACGAAUAA